AUGGCGGAGGAUUUUGGUGACGAUGCCGAUUUCAACGAUCUUCUCGAUGCGGAAAAGAAGACCACGGACUCAGCUCCAGAAAGAACCGCCUCAACGCCCACGACACGACCGCCCUCCAAGGUCCAGCAACCGAAACCCCAGGCGCUUCCGAAUCGGACCGCUCCCUCUGCGAUCUUAGUCUCGACAAGGCAAAAAGGCAAUCCGAUCUUGGACUUCAUCAAGAUUGUACCGUGGGAAUACGCAGACAUUCCAGCGGAUUAUGUUGUGGGCACUACGACGUGCGCGUUGUUCCUCUCGCUGAAAUACCACCGACUACACCCCGAGUAUAUCUACUCGCGCAUUCGGCAACUAGCAGGAAAAUACCUCCUCCGCAUUCUCCUGAUUAUUGUGGAUAUUCCGAACCACGAGGACAGUCUGAAGGAGCUCUCCAAAACAUCCCUGGUGAACAACCUGACGCUGGUGCUCUGCUGGUCCGCCCCCGAAGCUGCGCAUUAUCUUGAACUAUUCAAGUCCUCCGAGAAGUCUCAACCCACCGCCAUCCGCACGCAGCAGGCCCAGUCAUAUAAAGAAUCCCUGGUUGAAUUCGUCACGACCCCCCGGAGUAUCAACAAAUCGGACGCGGCCAGUCUCAUAUCUACAUUUGGGAGUUUACAGAACGCUGUCAACGCCCAGCCGGAACAGAUCAGCGCUGUACCUGGAUGGGGCGAGAAGAAGGUUAGAAAGUGGUGUAAUGCAGUGAGGGAAGACUUCCGAGUCGACCCUGGCAAAAGAGCGGCUACAAAGACGGGUGGUGAAGGCGAAUCACGAGCUAAAGCGCGUCGUACUCGCCCUGCCGCAUCGGAAUCCUUGGAUGUCCCCGAUGACAAUGAGGCGAUGCUGGCGGCUGAGAUGGGAGAGGGCCGUACUGAGUCGGGAAAGAAUGCUGAUCGUAAUCCAACUCAGGAGGAAGAAAUGAGCGAGGGCAUUAUGGCAGCACUGGCGAAACUUCGGGAGAAUGGCGGUUGA